UUUUUUUUUCUUUUGUUAAUAGAAAUAUUAUAUAAAUUCAAUCAUGGCAGCUGGUGCUUUCCAUCCUCAUGUUGCUAGCUUCUGGCACCGUUUUACUGGCAAGGCUUUAGGUGCUUCCAUGUGGUUCUGGAUGAUGUAUCGCGCAAAGCAAGAUGGUCCUGUCUUAUUGGGUCUUCAACAUCCUUGGGAUCAUGGUCACCAUGAUGAAGAACACUAAAUUGUCAACAGCAACAACAACAACAACCGCAACUAUUAGUAAUGUCCUUUGAAAUAUCAUAUCGCUCAUUGUAGUAUCAUUACAUUCCAUACGAUCUACUUAUACAACAACAAUCACUCCAUGACUACCAUAUAUUUACUCUUCGUUUAUUUAGAAUGACACCCUUUCACUUUAGUCUGCCAUCCAUUCCAUACGUUUUGAAAUAAAAAAAAAAGAUUGUUUUUUAGUAUUCUA